GUGACGCGCGGGGCGCAGCGGGGCAGAGCCGGCUCCAGAGGCGCGGCGGCCGCGGGAGGAGCAGGCGCGGAGCAUCGAGCGCAGGCCGCGCCGGCCCGACGGGAGCAGCGCCUGGCGCGGGCCGCCUCCUCCGAGCCGCCUGCGCGCGGGCCGAGACCCUUGGCCGCCGCCGGCGGGGCAUGAGCGCGGAGGGGCCGCGGCCGCCCCCCGCGCCGCCCAGGCCGUGACCGGGCGGGGGGCGGCUGCGCUAGCGCCCGCAGCCCAGGGGCUCGCGGAGCCGGGAGCGACAACCAUGGACUGCAGCCUAUUGAGGACGCUCGUGCGCAGAUACUGUGCAGGGGAAGAGAACUGGGUGGACAGUCGGACCAUCUACGUGGGACACAAGGAGCCCCCUCCGGGUGCAGAGGCCUACAUUCCACAGAGAUACCCGGACAACAGAAUCGUCUCCUCUAAGUACACAUUCUGGAACUUCAUACCCAAGAACCUGUUUGAACAGUUCAGAAGGAUAGCUAACUUCUAUUUCCUCAUCAUCUUCCUGGUACAGUUGAUCAUCGACACACCCACGAGUCCAGUGACGAGCGGGCUCCCACUCUUCUUCGUCAUCACCGUCACAGCCAUCAAGCAGGGUUAUGAAGACUGGCUUCGCCACAAGGCAGACAAUGCCAUGAACCAGUGUCCCGUGCACUUCAUUCAGCAUGGCAAGCUGGUCCGGAAGCAGAGUCGGAAGCUGAGAGUUGGAGACAUUGUCAUGGUGAAGGAAGAUGAGACCUUUCCCUGUGACCUGAUCUUUCUCUCUAGCAACCGGGCAGACGGGACAUGCCACGUCACUACAGCCAGCUUAGACGGAGAGUCGAGCCAUAAAACUCACUACGCAGUGCAGGAUACCAAGGGCUUCCACACCGAGGCAGAUGUUGACAGCUUGCACGCCACCAUCGAGUGUGAACAGCCACAGCCUGACCUCUACAAGUUUGUGGGGCGCAUCAAUGUUUACAACGACCUGAAUGACCCUGUAGUGAGGCCGCUGGGAUCAGAAAACCUGCUUCUCAGAGGAGCCACGCUCAAAAACACUGAGAAGAUCUUUGGCGUGGCUAUCUACACUGGCAUGGAGACCAAGAUGGCCCUGAACUAUCAGUCCAAGUCCCAAAAGAGAUCUGCUGUGGAAAAGUCAAUGAACACAUUUCUGAUCGUGUACCUCUGCAUCCUGGUGAGCAAGGCCCUGAUCAACACGGUGCUGAAGUACGUGUGGCAGAGCGAGCCCUACCGAGAUGAGCCUUGGUACAGCCAGAAGACCGAGUCAGAGCGCCAGAGGAAUCUGUUCCUCAGGGCUUUCACUGACUUCCUGGCCUUCAUGGUCCUCUUCAAUUAUAUCAUCCCGGUGUCCAUGUAUGUCACCGUGGAGAUGCAGAAGUUCCUCGGCUCCUACUUCAUCACCUGGGAUGAAGACAUGUUUGAUGAGGAGAUGGGGGAAGGGCCUCUGGUCAACACGUCCGAUCUAAAUGAGGAGCUGGGACAGGUGGAGUACAUCUUCACUGACAAGACGGGCACGCUUACAGAGAACAACAUGGCCUUCAAGGAGUGCUGCAUUGAGGGCCAUGUCUACGUACCCCAUGUCAUCUGCAACGGGCAGGUCCUUCCCGACUCUUCUGGCAUUGACAUGAUCGAUUCUUCCCCAGGCGUCUGUGGAAGGGAACGGGAGGAGCUGUUUUUCAGGGCUAUCUGCCUGUGCCAUACUGUCCAAGUGAAAGACGACCAUUGUGGGGACGAUGUCGAUGGUCCCCAGAAAUCUCCAGAUGCAAAGUCCUGUGUGUACAUAUCGUCCUCGCCUGAUGAAGUUGCCCUGGUCGAAGGUGUGCAGAGGCUUGGAUUCACAUACCUGAGACUGAAGGACAAUUACAUGGAGAUACUGAACAGGGAGAACGACAUCGAGAGAUUCGAAUUGCUAGAAGUGCUGACCUUUGAUUCUGUGCGGAGAAGAAUGAGUGUGAUUGUAAAGUCUACUACAGGAGAAAUUUAUCUGUUUUGCAAAGGAGCAGAUUCUUCAAUAUUUCCCCGAGUGAUAGAAGGCAAAGUGGACCAGGUCCGAUCCAGAGUGGAACGCAAUGCAGUGGAAGGGCUGCGGACCCUGUGUGUUGCCUACAAGAAGCUUGAGCCAGAGCAAUAUGAAGAUGCUUGCCGGCUGCUGCAGGGGGCCAAAGUGGCGCUUCAAGAUCGGGAGAAGAAGCUGGCGGAAGCCUAUGAGCAGAUAGAGAAGGACCUCACCCUGCUUGGCGCUACGGCCGUCGAGGACCGGCUCCAGGAGAAAGCCGCUGACACAAUUGAGGCACUGCAGAAGGCAGGCAUCAAAGUCUGGGUGCUCACCGGGGACAAGAUGGAGACAGCCUCCGCCACCUGCUAUGCCUGCAAGCUGUUCCGCAGGAGCACACAGCUGCUGGAGCUGACCACCAAAAAGCUAGAGGAGCAGAGCCUGCACGACGUCCUCUUCGACCUGAGCAAGACGGUGCUGCGCUGCAGUGGGAGCCUGACCAGGGACUCCUUCUCAGGACUCUCCACAGAUAUGCAUGACUAUGGUUUAAUCAUCGAUGGAGCUGCACUGUCCUUGAUCAUGAAGCCAAGAGAGGAUGGGAGCUCCUCAGGGAACUACAGAGAGCUCUUCCUGGAGAUCUGCAGGAACUGCAGUGCAGUGCUGUGCUGCCGGAUGGCACCCUUGCAGAAGGCCCAGAUUGUUAAGUUAAUCAAAUUUUCAAAGGAGCAUCCUAUCACCUUAGCAAUUGGUGAUGGUGCGAAUGAUGUCAGUAUGAUCCUGGAGGCCCACGUGGGCAUAGGAGUCAUUGGGAAGGAGGGUCGCCAGGCUGCAAGGAACAGUGACUAUGCAAUACCCAAGUUUAAACACUUGAAGAAGAUGCUUCUUGUUCACGGGCAUUUUUAUUAUAUCAGGAUAUCUGAGCUUGUGCAAUACUUCUUUUAUAAGAAUGUCUGCUUCAUUUUCCCUCAGUUUUUGUACCAGUUCUUCUGCGGAUUUUCACAGCAGACUUUGUACGAUACUGCGUAUCUGACUCUCUACAACAUCAGCUUCACUUCCCUCCCGAUUCUCCUGUACAGCCUCAUGGAGCAGCACGUGGGCAUUGAUGUGCUCAAGAGAGACCCAUCCCUCUACAGAGACAUCGCCAAGAACGCGCUGCUGCGCUGGCGCGUGUUCAUUUACUGGACAUUUCUCGGCGUUUUUGACGCUUUGGUAUUUUUCUUUGGUGCUUAUUUCAUAUUUGAGAACACAACCCUGACCAUCAACGGACAGAUGUUUGGGAACUGGACCUUUGGGACGCUGGUGUUCACUGUAAUGGUGAUCACUGUCACACUGAAGCUCGCACUGGACACGCACUACUGGACUUGGAUAAACCACUUUGUCAUCUGGGGGUCGCUGCUCUUCUACAUUGUCUUCUCCCUGCUCUGGGGAGGGAUUAUCUGGCCGUUCCUCAGUUACCAGCGGAUGUACUAUGUGUUCAUAUACAUGCUGUCCAGUGGGCCUGCCUGGCUGGGCAUCAUACUGCUUGUCACGGUUGGCCUCCUCCCUGAUGUCCUCAAGAAGGUCUUGUGCAGGCAGCUGUGGCCCACGGCAACCGAGAGAACUCAGAACAUACAACUUCGGGACAGCAUUUCAGAAUUCACCCCUCUGGCCUCUUUGCAGAGCUGGGGUGCUCAGGGCACCAGACUCUUGGCGGCCCACUGCAGCUCCCCCUCUGGGAGAGUUGUGUGCUCCAGGUGGGAGAGUGAAGAGUGCCCUGUGCUCCCGACUCACCCAGGCCUUCUCCACAAGGCGAGGUAUGGGUGCUGUAGGUCCAGCCUGGAGACACCCACCUGAUGGACAGACAGCCCCCUGCCCCGGCCUCUGAGAGCUCUGUUCUUGAGCACCUGUGUAUGCCUGUGCCUGUCCACCCUUCAUCCUCAGGGAGGGGAGGAUGGGAUCACAGGUCGCCCACUCAGGCACAGCACACUGCAGUCUGGACCGUGCGUGACCAGCAUCAGCGUCCUAGGCCUGGUGACCUACAUCCAGUUGGGCUAGGGAAAAGGACAUUCAUUAUGCUUGGCCUCAUCUUGAGCACUGUGGCCAUGAAGCUGGCCUUGCCCUGAGUAUCCACCCUGCUGCUGUUGUCACCUCUGCUGUCUCUUGAGAAGAGGAUCCUAUCCCUUUGUCUACAGCUUUGUGCAUAGCACAUGGCGCUCAGCUCAUAUUGUAUCCUGGUGUGUUUCCUGUGUGAACCAUGCACACCUCCCCCAGGGAGGCGGCCAUGUCGGACACUGAGUGGUGUGGACCUGUGGCUUUGCUGUGCUCAUGCUCACUGUCCCCUCACAAAGCCAUUUUCUGAGAUCAUGUCUUAGUCAGUUUGCUGAGAUGCUGACCCUACACAUUAGAGCUUUUGAAGACGUCAGUGUCCCCUUCCUGUCACCAGCUGCCUCUGGAAGAUGACAUUUAUGUAUGUGGAUAAGUCACACUGUUAGCCAAGCCUCUCGGGAGUGCAGUGAUAUACGGCACAUUCUUGAAUGAUGUCAGUUAAGCUAUUGGAAAACCUUUGUUUCAGGGUGCGGGGAAAGGGGGAGGUUGGGGCACCCAGGCAGAUAUUUAUCUCACCAGAGGUGAGUCCCAGUGCCCAAGCUGCCUGGGGCUAACGUGCUGGAUUCAUCCAUUCUAGUCCGCUGCUCAGCCUGCCUCCCCCUGGUGCCACACAGGUUCCAUCCACGGCUUCACUUGGAGUGGACAGGCCAUCAGGAGGCCACUGAACUGUGAAGCUGCUGCUGCUUGCACUGGUGUUUCUGUUCUCAGCAAAGCUCUCAACAGCACUGUACCGGGCCUGACUCAGAAGAUGUUUUGGUGUGAUGCAGCCUUUCAGAAAGUGCCAGGCAGAGCCUGGGAGAAAGCCAACCCCCAACCCUGUGGAGUCAUGUGGCGGGCCUGGAGCCAUGGUGAAGGUCUCUGGCACUUGAGGGUCUGUAUCCUGGGAAGCACAAAUUUUAUAACAGGAUUACACAAGAUUUCCCUAUGAAGCGUGUGCUUGAACUGGGGCCCAGGCAACAGUAGGAGCAGUUACUGCACCUGGCAGCUGGGGGGGUCGGGCGAACAUAAACACCACACCAAAGACGGGGAGGGGUGGCCUUGAGCUUGGAGCAGACAGGAGGUCCAGCGCUGCUAAGGGCUGUCUGUGCCUCACACCCUCAUGCCCACUCACGCACCUGUGUCGCUAUGUGUCAGAGGAUUGGAGCCCAGUCCACACUGGUCCUUAAAUAGUAGUGUGUGCAUUUUUACAGCCCCUUUUUAAGAACCCAGAUGGGUACAAAUCUGCUACCUGUGGGGAGGGGCAGAGUCUCUCCGUCUUUAGUUAACAGAUUAUUUGUAAUGUAUUUUUUUAGGGAUCUUAAAAUUACCUUUGCACUAAAGUAUUUUCAUAGCUGUUUCUAUAUCUUAUUCAUUUGUUGAUGCACCUUCUUCUGAUUUUUAAAUAUGUUUUUAAAGCUUUCACUUUUUAAGUUUAAGAAUUUUGGCCACUUAAAUGCUGGUGAGCGUUUCCCCUGAGUGUUACAGUGUCUGGCAGUGACCUCUCUGAUUCUCCUCUGUGCCUCUCUCUCAGUGUUUCCAGAGACUGACCAGCUGAGGCGUGCUGAGGGCCCACCAUUCCCUCCGCUUGCUUUGCCGCAGUCCUUUGUUGCUUCAUGGUUUCUAUUUUAUUUUUGUUUUUUAUUUCCAUCCUUCAGCCUUAAACACUUAGACAAUGUUCUUCCUGCAGGUUCUUCAUUCUGCAGCCCUGUGUGGGUGUGGGGCACUCUCCUGCACCCCCGCAACAGCUCAAGUUUAUGUAGGAAUGCCCCAGACUGAAUGCAUACUCCAAUGUCCUUGAAAAUUAUGCUUAGGAAAUUACCAAAUGGAAUCACCAGAAAAUUCGAAGUAAAAAAGGGCACAGGUGAAAUGCAGAGACAGAGACCAAACGUACGUGCAGAAGGCCGGCCGCUUCGCCUCACACUGACUAUAGUUUACUUUCCUUAAAGUGAGGAACUUCCACUCAAAUUAAGCAUCUGCUUUCCCUAAUUCAGUUGCACAAAUGUGGCUUACUACAUUGGCUGGAAUUCAUGACUCUGCCCCUACAAGCAGUUUAUCUCGCAUAUGUUCCAGGAGCCCUGGCUGCACAUGUGUCCUCUUCCUUUCUGCUACACACACACUCAUGCCAUGUACAAGCAUGUAUAAACAUGUAUACAUGUGCACACACACAAACACACAUGUGCAUCCUUCAAGACCAUGUACCAGCCUGCUUUCUGACAGCCCUGUGCAGAGACGUUGUCCUCUGGAACCUCAGGUUCCUUACACACACAGCCACACUAGGAAGGGCUCAUGGGCUGUGCUCACGUGGGCUGUGUGAGAGAGUGAGCGCCAUGCUGGACUGAGCUCUCCCCUCCCAGGGAAGCACACCUCCCAGUCAGGACCUCCCCUUGCUCCCUCAGUCCAGGCUAACCAAAGCUGCAUGCCUUCCUGAGUGCAGGUGCCUGCCCCUGCCAGCUAGGAAAGUGUUCUGUUCCUAAAUCCCAGCGAUCCAUUCCUGAGUACAAGCAGACCAAAGGCCCCGCCCAGGGGGAUGGCGCAGCCAAAGCUGAGCACAUGUCCCAGGAUCAGCUGCUGACUGUCCUGAGUGUGCUGUCACGGUCACCCAAGUUACUGAGCAUGGCCCAGGUGUCUGGUGUUCUGGAGGAAGCUCCAGCCUGGGUCUCUGAACCCCCACAUUCGAGGCGUAUGUAUCUGCACUGCCUGGUACUGGACUCACCUGUUUAUUUCAUCUUAAUGUAGUUGAUUAGCAACGCCAUAGAACAGCAGGUCUUGGCAUUCUGCACUUCUUUUGGAAGUUACCCAUUCAUGACUAAGGGCAGGAAAACACCACUUGAUGAAUGCAAUCUUUUUGUUUUAAAACCUAGAAGAUGGGUGAAUGGAAAGGGGCGUGGUUCUGACACUGUGAGCAAAGCUUUAAUGAAGAUAUGUAUGUGGGAAGUAUUAUCAAAGUGUGAUUCUAAUUUUGCAGAAAAAAAAACAUCAAUUUAUAUAGCUUUAUUUUUUACCUUAUCAAGAGAUACAUAAUUUUAAUAUGCAUAUAUUGUCUGACUUAGAAUCAUGUGUCUGCAUUACCACAUAAAAUGUCCAUCUACUAUGUAAUGUAUGAAUAAGAAAGAAUCAAAGAUGUAUUUAACAUGAAUGGUUAUCUGUAGCUGUCUUUGUCAUAAGUGCUGAGAUUUAUUUUAAAUUAUCAAAUAUAGUAAGUACAUUAAACAUGUCAUUCUCCAACACUAAUGUUUAACUGAGAGCCCAGUAACCUGCUUUGAAAAAUUGUGAAUUAAACCGGAUCAAACAUC